UGACGUAGUCGGUGUUGACAGCGGAGGGCGGUUUGUAUUUGCCUGAGAGGUCGGUGUCCGGUUUCCCUAUCUGGGAGCAUGGCGUCACCAAACCAGAGACCCAUUAGAGGCAUCUUAAAGAACAAAAGCACUGAGUCCGGUGGCCCGUACCUGAUUAAAAAUCCCGAGCUGUCCAACGACCGGGAUGACGAUCUGAGUAAAAAGUCCCAAAAAUGGGAUGAAAUGAAUAUACUUGCAACCUACCACCCUUCUGACAAGGACUAUGGGCUAAUGAAGAUAGAUGAACCUAGCACACCCUACCACAGGAUGGUUGGAGAUGAGGAUGACGAAGGAGCCAUGAGUGAUUCAGAAGCAAAUGAAGUAAUGACUGCUGAUAUCUUAGCUGAAAAGUUAGCAGCUGCAGAAGGGACAGAGCCUAAAUUCUUGGCAGAAGAUGACAGCAGUGAAGAGGAGGAGGAAGAGGAGCUAACGCCGGAAGAGAGAGAGAAAAAAAAGGAAUUUGAAACGAAAAGAAAACAUCAUUACAAUGAGGCAAUGAAUAUCAAAUUGGCACGGCAGUUAAUUGCAAAAGAAUUAGCUGGGGAAGAUGACGAUGAUGAUGAAGAUGAGGAGAUGCAAGAUAUCACAGAGUCAGAAGCACAUUCUGAUCACCUGCAGAUGAAUGAACAACUGGUAUAGUGGAAUGCUGAACUGCACUGCUUGAAAAAGAUCUAUUUAUUACCACGCCUCUGUCAAGAUUUGCAAAUUGUGGACUAAGUUGGGGAGUAUUUAUAAAUGAUGCUUCUUAGUUCUCACUGUUACGUCAUCAGACUUCUAAAUAGUGCAGCCAUUUCUGAUUACAGUAUUUAUUUGUGUGUACUGCAUAUACAGUUUCAGAAAUUGGCAGGGCAGAAAUCCAAGUAUUGUUUACAAGAUGUUGUUUGAUACUGUUUAAUCUUGCAAAAACUGCUUGGCAUCAGUAAGAUCAUUUUAUGAACUGUGCUUUUUCAGAUGGAAGCUAUUCUGUAAGGAGAAAAAAACAAACACUUAUCCAUAAAAUACCGAAAAUAUAUUCUUUAUUUUUUUAAAUUAGCACUUGAUUUUGUUGCACAUUUUGUUUCACCUCCAAUAAUUGCUGUGUAUCUGCAAACACCACUGUUUAUUUUAGUCACAGUCUUUGAUUUUUUUUCUCCAUGUUUAUUAAACAUAUUUUUUUGUAAGAUCUGCUUCCCCCCCCCCCCCACAAAUUUAUUUUAACAGCGUAACCAUAUUAAGAAUCUGCCAAUAUGGUACAGGAUACGGGUGUAUUUAAUGGUAUUUACGAAGAGUCAAUUGGAGGUUUGCAAGAAACAUGUCACAAUUUGAUAGGCAAAUUUUGCUACAUUCAUAUUGUAUGCCUAUAAAUAAGAAACAUUUUGUUAUGUUCAUUGGAUGGUCUAUUAAUUUGUUUGAGUGCAGAUAAAAGUAACGUAUGGUGAACAGUGCUGAGCAGCGCAGUAGUAAGAGUGAAAAGGGUAGCUUUUCCAACAUUAGAAUUUUGAAUCAGUCUUUAUUUCUUUACUAUUUUUUGAAAAUAAACAUUUUAGUUAAAGGGUAGAUAGCAACAUAGUUAUAUGCUCUAAUUGUGUUUAAAGUUACAUCUGAUAACAUACGAACACUUCAUAUUCAAAUAUAGUAAACAUGAUUUGUGCAUUAUAUGUACUGUGCCACAAAUUCAAAUAUAUUAAGUAAAUCUUAUUGCUGGUAACUGUCCUGGCAAUUAAUUCAAUACCUAAACACCUCAUUUUGACAAUAUUUUCCGAUUUGUAUGAUAUAGCCUUUUACAUGAAUGUAAAUGUCUACUCUUCUUAGGUGGAUAUACAAAAAAAGAUAGAUAUAUAGUGUGUAAAGAUAAAGCUGUAUGCCUUAUGAUGUAACUACAUUGACUUUCUGAAACCAUUGUUUUUUUUUAAAUUUUCCCAAUGUACAUUAUUCAAAAAUUAUAUCUUAUAUCUUUAUCAUAUUUGCAUUUGCACAAUGUACCCUUUUUUGCAUAACAUUAUUUUAGCUCUUUGGUCACCUGUAAGAUGGAUUUUAGCUGAUCCAAAGGGACAGAUGAGUAUGUAAACUACUGAUGCAUCCUGAGACUGCUUAAUGUCUAUAUGUGAUGUCAAUAAAUGAUAAGAAGGGA